AUGGGUAACAUUUUGAGGCGACAUCGAAACUCAGUAGAUGAACUCGAACAAAUCCUAAAACAUUUACACUCAUACGAACUGCGAUCACAAACACUGCGAAAAGGACGGUACAAUGUUAUGUGGUACUUUACUGCCUUGCUUCUCUUCUCUGUUACAGUAUACUCGGCCAUGAGUUGUAUGGAAUCAGAUGACACAAGGUCAAUGUAUCAGAAGAUAGCAUUAGCGUGGUUUACAGGAAUAUUAUUGUUUAUGACUGUUAGAUUCUUGUCCGGACGAUGUUUCGACUUUUUGUUAGGAAGAAGUGAGAAGAAUAUUGUGAAUUUGAACAAUCGACGAACGCAGAUUCUGGAGGAUGUAAAGGAGAACGAGAAGUUUAAUGUCGCAAAGGAAAUUAUUGAGAAAUAUGGAAGUGAACAAGAUCUGGCAGAGAUUGGAGUUGUUAAAGGUAGGGAGUUUACCUUAAAAUUUAAUUUUUAGAUUGAUUAAUUCCACUAAAUUAUAAAUAAUAUUUAUUUACGUUUUUAGAACACAUAUAAACAUAAAGGUUUUUUUUAUUUUUAUUAAUAACUGUAACGGUUGGUUUAGAACCAUCACCUGGUCUGAACGGUUUAAGACAGAAUUCUAAAACCAAGCAGAAUCUGAAGCGGCCAGCCCCACCGAAGCCAGAGCCGAAGGAAGAAACAGAAGAGUUUGCAAGACCAAAGACUCCAGAACAAUUACCGCAAGCUGGAAGUAGUACUGAUCUUGCGUUGAGGACGCCGUCGAUGCCAAUGAAUAGGACAUUAGGCUUAAGAACACCUAUCAUGAGGCAGCCGAUCAGGCCGUUUGUUCAAGUCAGUAGGACUCCGAUUGACAAAAUCAUCGAUUAUAUUAUUGGCGAUGGACCUUCUAAUCGGUAAGUAUAAAUUAGUACUAACUCGAUGCACUUAUGGAAAGAGCUACGAUGUAUAUUUUGUAUGAAAUAGUUUGUAUUUUAUAAUAAAUCUUUUUCUAUAAUAAUGUGUUUUAAAAUUUUUUUUCUCUAAAAUUGUGUUGUAAUUUCAGGUUUGCCCUGAUCUGCAAACAAUGUCAUGCUCAUAAUGGAAUGGCGUUGAGGGAAGAGUUUGACGGCAUUUCCUUCGUUUGUUACAAUUGCCAGUUUUAUAACCCAGCCAGGAAUGCUCAGCCAUUGAGGACACCUCGGAGAUUAAACGUACAAGCAAUCGAAGAGACAAAGCCUUUGAUUCGAACAGCCACUAAUACUGACUCAUCCGUAGGUUUCUGAAUCACAAUUCCACGUUUUUAAGGGUUUUUACAGUUUUAUGAGCAAAAUUGAAAAAAAGUUUAAAAAGCCGUAGAGACACUAAUACUGGUCGACUAUUAAAGUUGGGCCUUUUUAGGACAAUGACGAUCAAGAACAAGAAAAUUCGCAACAACCAUGGGUAUCAGAAACAGAAUGUCCAGACAAAUCAUAA